GGAGACUUUUAGGGCCUUCCCAGACUGUCACCUGGGUGCCGCGGCGCCGGUGGGAGGAAGAAGCCGUCCUAGCUGUGUGUUGUCCUCGCGGCCAGCGGGAAGCGAGCGCCCUCUCGAAAGCCCAGGGGUCCCGAGACCCCUCUUACCAGCGCCAUGGCAGUUCCAGCUUCCGGUUCUCCAUGACUGGCCCAGAAUCCUCCAUUCCAGAACCUCUUGCCACACCUUCAAGACCUAGGUCACCUGUCCCAUGUCUCACUCACCGAGGCGCCUCUGGAAUUUUGCAGCAUAUCUCUUUGGUUGCAACAAGGACAGUGUCCGAGCAGGCUGUAAAAAAUGUGGCUAUCCUGGUCACCUGACUUUUGAAUGCCGCAAUUUUCUCCGAGUAGACCCCAAAAGGGACAUAGUUUUGGAUGUCAGCAGCACAAGUAGUGAAGAGAGUGAUGAAGAGAAUGAAGAACUGAAUAAACUGCAAGCAUUACAAGAAAAAAGAAUAAAUGAAGAAGAGGAGAAGAAAAAAGCAAAAAGCAAAGAGAAAAUCAAGUUGAAAAAAAAAAGGAAAAGGUCUUAUUCAUCCAGUUCCACUGAAGAGGACACUUCAAAACAAAAGAAACAAAGAUAUCAGAAGAAAGAAAAGAAAAAAGAGAAAAAGAGUAAGUCAAAAAAGGGGAAGCAUCACAAAAAGGACAAAAAGAAGAGAAAAAAGGAAAAGCAUUCCUCUGCCCCUAAUAGUUCUGAAAUCUCCAAAAAGUAACUGAGACUUUGGCCUGAACCAUUAAAUUUAAAAAUAUGGUUUUGAAAAUUAUUAGACUUUCCUUGAAAUUUGCUAUAUAAUUAUGCUUUGCAAUAAAUCACAGCCUUUUCCAUAUAGACAUUUUUUCAUAUAUGGGGCCAUUACUGUCUGGCAGUAUUUUAAUGUACUGUGAUUAUAGAGUAUUGAAUCAGUCUUAUUACCUGAUAGCCAUGCCCCAAGUAUGGAUAUUUGUGCAACAAAACUCAUCGUUUUUGGUAUUCCUCUGUGUGUGUGCCUGGCUAGUGUUAUUACUUCAUAAAUUGAUUGUAAAUGGCUUUACUACAGUCAACACAGGCAAUCUACUUAGCAGUUAAUGAGUACUGCUGAAUUAAGUGUCCACCUUCCAGUGUUAAAGUGAGGUAGGGGAUAAUGCUUUGCGCUUGACACUGAAAAUUUUCAUAGCUUUAUAUCCUAUGAUAAUGUAUAAUGAGAGUGAAGUUUUUCACUGUUGUUUUUAAAUCUUGGCUUUUUUUGGAUGUCACAGGAGGUGAAGCUGCUUUAUCGGUCUUGACUAGAACUUUUUAAAUGAAUGGCAUCAGCAGGAAGAUGAUAAUGAAAGUAUUUGUAACAAAAUUUCACUGUUUUCUGAGAUGCAGAGUUUCUAGUACCUGCCUCCUUGGUUUUUGUAACAAAAUAUUUCUUCCUUGCUUAAAAAGACAAGUCUAGUUCAGCCUACUUGUAGGUCUCAUAGAGAUGAUGCUGUGUUGGGCAGGAUUUUUAAGAUAGACUCCUGGGUUGUUUUACAAAUAUGCCAUAUUGGCAUGUCUUAAAGAAAUACCUCAAACACAGAACUUUUUAUUUAGGAGGAUAACAGCUAAAUCUUCAUUAGAACUGAUUUUUAUUGUAUUCGGUAUGUAAAUUUUAUGACGCUUGUUUCUAUGAGUAAUGUGGAAAUUUUUUAUAAAUGUGAACAUAUAUAUAUAUUUGUCUGAAAUAAUUUGUAGUUUUGAAGCAGGUUUCCACUGAAUUUAUGAGUUCAUAAGUGACUAGUUUGGGGUGUUUCUCUCUUUGACUUCAAUCAUAAACCUCAGGAGCAGUGACAAAAAUUUAGGAUUAAGAAUUUUAUUCUGUAUUUUUUAAAAUUUAAGAGUCAGGGAGUUACAUCAUGAAAGCCUUUAUAUAACAAUGGAAAUUUUAUAUGAGUUAGCAUUUUCAAACACAUAGUUGUAGAUAUAAAUGUUUCUACAUUUUUUUAAUUUCUCAAUGAUACUUGGAUAUCCCUUAUGUCCAGUAAGUUAAAUACUUAUUGUAGCAGCAUCGAAAGUCAACUAAUUAUCAUGGUACAGCACCAAAGAUUGUAAGUACCUCACUGUGGUGCAGUUAUAAAUUUUCAAAUUGGUAGCCUACAGACAUGGCUGCAGGUGAAUUCAUUAUGAUGAAAUCAGGUAAGUACACAUAACCUCACAGGCUGGAAAGGUGUACUGAUUCUUCCUUCACCCAGCACUCCUAUCUGGCAUGACCUCAGUAAGACUGGGAGAGCCUCAUAACUCCUCUUAGCAUAUGCUUACAUUGUGCAGAUUCUAGGGAAGCUACAUCCACAUCCCUUUUCUAACAUUACAGCCAUGGAAGUGCUCACACUUGUAGCUUUUCCAUAACCUAACUUAGUCCUAUGGCCUCCUUAAAAAGAAAUCCUUUUGUUUAAAUAGCUUAGUCAGUUAUUGGAGAGAAACACAGAGCUACUAGGUUUUUAAGGGUUUGUUUUGCCUUUGCUGUAGUUUAUGUAUUUUUGAAAACUAUAUUUUAGGAAAAUACAAUCCUUUGGUUAUCAGUAUGAAAAAAAUAAGUAAAAAAAAAACUUUAAAAUAUUAUUAGAAAACCCUACAUGCAAACAUAUGGUCUCAUCUUAUUGAGUGUGUAACAUGGUUAAAAAUGAUAAUUGUAGUGACACAAGAGUUGAUCCAGUUAUUUGUAAGUUUUACUUCUGUUAAUUGUAGAGAUAAUAAGUUGGCAGAUUUGUUAUCCGGAUGCUGAGACAAUCAGUGGCUCAGGAGAGUUAUAUAAAAUUCAGGCCUCAUUAACUAAUAAGAGUUCGCAAAUUAAAAGAUCUUAACGUUCAGUAAUAUUUUUCCCCAGAAAAAUCUCUUGGAAUUAUUCUUGAGUAAAUUUCCCAUAGUCUGAGAAUAGUUUAUGAAAGAUCUCAUCUGAAUAAAAUUCAUUUAUUUUUACUAAAGUAAUUUUCUUCUGAAGUGAUCUUGUUAUUAUUAUUGGGUUUGGAUGCAAAUCUCACUAAUAUAUUGUAGGAGAAAAUUAGUGACAUUUCCUCUCAGGCAGUAUGUAGCAUAAGGAAAACUGAACUUAAUAGUAAAAAUCCAAAAGUCCUAGUUGUCCACGCUUCCAUUGAAGGGGCAGGGGUUCAAUCCCUGGUCGGGGAACUAAGAUCCCGCAUGCCGCACGGUGGCCAAAAACACAAGUCCUAGUCAUUCUGGCUACCUGUGUGACCUUCAACAAAGUAAUUUACCUUCGCUGGGCCUUGGUGUCUUUCAUCUAUAAAAUGUUGUACCAAAUUAUCUCUGAGAUCCCUUCUAGUUCUUAAUAUAUAUGAUUAUCAAUACUUCAAAUAAUAUUAUUUUAGAAAUUAUUUUCAUUUAGAAUAUAAAUUAUUAUAUUCAUUUAUAAAUUGUUACAGAUAAGCAGGUAGCAUUCUGUAAACUGUAAAAGUUGAAUUUAUUAAUGUAACUGUUAAACACAUGUUACUUCUUUAAGCAGAUAAUUGGUAUUUGGUUCAUAUCCUUACCACCCAGUGUAUGUUAUUUUCACUAGAUGCAGACAGAAUUUAUGUUUAGAUUUGUAUCUGUAACCUGAUUAUCUGAAUACUUUGAGACUAUUGCUUUUAGGCUGAUGGACCUACGCCCCAUACAGUUCCGUAUUUCUUUUCUCCAUAUCUUCUGUUGGCUAAAAGCUCUCAGAGGGAUCCCCAGUGCUUCAUACUUAAUACAUAUCUGUUUACAUCUUUGGUUCUUUGAGGCUAAAACAUCAGUGAGUAAAACAACUGUGUGUGUCUGUAUUUAUGACUCAUUCUGUCUAAAAUUACAUAGGCCUAGGUUACCUUCAAUUAAACUAGAUUGAAGAGUUAUCAAUAAUAGUCUUGUUAAAUGCCAUUGAGUCCUUUCUUCAAUAAACAUUUACUGAGUGCCUAGCAUAGCAAACACUAUGUUAAAUACCAGGGAUACGGAGAUAAAUAAGACACAUUUGCUUCCCUGAAAGGAAUUCACAGUUUAGUUGGUAGGAGAAACAGCAGAACUCAUCAUUAGGUAUUAAGUGCAGUAAUUGGGUUUAUAGAAACACACAGGAGUACCUAACAUAGUCCGGAGAAGUUAGAAGAGGCUGCCUAGAAGAAGUAAUGCCUGCAGUGCAUUUUGAUUGAGGAUGAGAGUGGGAGUUGACAGAAUGAGUACAGUGAACAAAGCCCACAUAGAAAAAGCUGGGGCGUGUGUGUCAAGAAUUAUAAGCCCUGUGUGGGGCAGGAGUGGUAAGAAUUGAGACCACCAUUCUAAGUUCUCAGGUACAAGAGAAGGAGGUUUUAUGUUCCAUGUAUGGGAGCUUGGCCUUUAUCUGUAAGCAAGAGACGCCAUUAGAGAGUUUUAAGGGAAGAAAUGACUUUUAUUGAGGUUUGGUUUCAUCCAUUUCAUAAUCCAAUCC